GGCAGGCAGAACGGAAGACAGUUCGAAAAAGAGUGGCGUACUGUUCGGACGUGUGGCCACGCACAAUUCAAAUCGACAAUUUCGCAGGGCUAACAAAACACAAAGAGAAACCAACAACUGGCUGAACAAGUGAAAGAGAAAUUAAAGCCGAGACGGGGAACCGUGAAAAUACACCCGAAAUCUAUAAUAAUGUGCGCUUAGUGAAACAGCAGUGGCUAAACGAAACCCCAAACAAAAAAAAAAAAAAAAUGUCAAUUCGCAGUGACCAAGAGUGAGAAAUCCGAAAAAAACGCGAGCAACAACACACCUCUGCCAAAAAAAACCCUCAGACCCCGUACCGAAAAGCCCAACUAUGGCGGCCAUCCUGCUGCUCCUGGUCGGCUUAUCCUGGCUGUGCGGCUCCAGCUCCAGCGUUGCCCUGGCCGCCCUGGCGCCCAAGCAGAGCGCUGGCGAAUCGAGUGCCAGUGCGAUAAUGGGCGCCGGAUCGGGAGCCGCGGCCACCGUAUCGCUGUCCGGCGACUACUCAUCCCUGCUGUCCAACACGGCGCCGGUGGCCGCGCCCGAGCCGCCAGCCGCCUCUCCGCCGCACAGUGGGCCGGCCAACCAGUGCUCCUGGUCGUACAACGGCACCAGUGCGGUGCACUGCGCCCUGCGACUGAUCGAACGGCAACCGGGACUCGAUCUGCAGGGCGCCGAUGGCAGCAGCCAGCUGACCAUCCAGUGCAGCGAGCUCUACCUCUUCGAGUCGUCGCUGCCGGUCGCGGUAUUUGCCCGGCUGCAGACGCUGGAGGCUUUGCGAUUGGACUCGUGCAAGCUGCAGCAGCUGCCCAACAACGCCUUCGAGGGUUUGGCCACCCUGAAAUCGCUCCGUUUGAGCACCCACAACAGCGAGUGGGGACCGACGCGAGCUUUGGAGCUCUUUCCCGACUCGCUGGGCGGCCUGAAGCAGCUCACCGACUUGGACUUGAGCGACAACAAUCUGCGACAGCUGCCCGCAGGAUUCCUCUGUCCGGUGGGCAACCUGCAGGUGCUGAAUCUCACCCGAAAUCGCAUUCGCACCGCCGAGCAGCUGGGCUUUGCGGACAUGAACUGCGGUGGCGGGGGUGCCGGGAAUGCCGGGAGUGCCGGCAGUGAGCUGCAGAUCCUGGACGCCAGCCACAAUGAGCUGAGGUCCGUCAGCGAGAGCUGGGGCAUCUCGCGGCUGCGGCGAUUGCAGCACCUCAAUCUGGCGCACAACAAUCUGUCGGAGCUGUCCGGCGAGGCACUGGCCGGACUUGCCUCGCUGCGCAUCGUCAACCUGAGCAACAACCAUUUGGAGACGCUGCCGGAGGGCCUGUUCGCUGGCUCCAAGGAGCUCAGGGAGAUCCAUCUGCAGCAGAACGAGCUGUACGAGCUGCCCAAGGGACUGUUCCAUCGGCUGGAGCAAUUGCUGGUGGUGGACUUGUCCGGCAAUCAGCUGACCUCCAAUCACGUGGACAACACCACAUUUGCCGGCCUGAUCCGACUGAUUGUGCUGAAUCUGGCCCACAAUGCGCUCACACGCAUCGAUUAUCGCACCUUCAAGGAGCUGUACUUCCUGCAGAUCCUCAAUCUGCGCAACAACUCCAUUGGCCACAUCGAGGACAAUGCCUUCCUGCCGCUGUACAAUCUGCACACCCUCAAUCUGGCCGAGAAUCGGCUGCACACGCUGGACGACAAACUGUUCAACGGACUGUACGUGCUGUCGAAGCUCACGCUGAACAACAAUCUGAUCAGUGUGGUGGAGCCGGCUGUGUUCAAGAACUGUUCGGACCUGAAGGAACUCGACCUGAGCUCCAACCAGCUAAACGAGGUGCCCCGAGCUCUGCAGGAUUUGGCCAUGCUGCGCACCCUCGACCUGGGCGAGAAUCAAAUCAGGACGUUCGACAACCAGAGCUUCAAGAAUUUGCAUCAGUUGACCGGCUUGCGGUUGAUAGACAACCAAAUUGGAAACAUCACCGUGGGCAUGUUCCAGGAUCUGCCGCGCUUGAGUGUUCUGAAUUUGGCCAAGAACCGCAUCCAGAGCAUCGAACGGGGUUCGUUCGACAAAAACUACGAGCUGGAGGCCAUUCGGCUGGACAGGAACUUCCUGUCGGACAUCAACGGAGUGUUCGCCACCCUGGUCUCGCUGCUGUGGCUAAAUCUCUCCGAGAAUCACCUGGUGUGGUUCGACUACGCCUUCAUACCCUCAAACCUCAAGUGGCUGGACAUCCAUGGCAACUACAUCGAGGCGCUGGGCAACUACUACAAGCUGCAGGAGGAGAUUCGGGUGAAGACGCUGGAUGCCUCGCACAAUCGCAUCACGGAGAUCGGACCGAUGUCCAUACCGAACACCAUCGAGCUGCUGUUCAUAAACAACAAUCUGAUUGGCAGUGUGCAGCCCAAUGCGUUUGUGGACAAGGCCAAUCUGGCGCGAGUGGAUCUGUAUGCCAAUCAGCUGGGCAAGCUGCAACUGCAGCACUUGCGAGUGGCCCCCGUGGUGGCGCCCAAAGUGUUGCCCGAAUUCUAUCUGGGCGGCAAUCCCUUCGAGUGCGACUGCACCAUGGACUGGCUGCUGAGGAUUAAUAAUCUGACCACUCGUCAGCAUCCCCGGGUGAUGGACAUGGCCAACAUUGAGUGCGUGAUGCCUCAUGCCCGCGGCGCUGCAGUGCGUCCGCUGAGUGGUCUGCGUCCGCAGGACUUCCUCUGCCGCUACGAAUCGCACUGCUUCGCCCUGUGUCACUGCUGCGACUUCGAUGCCUGCGACUGCGAGAUGACCUGUCCGAGCAACUGCACCUGCUACCACGACCAGAUCUGGUCCACCAAUGUGGUCGACUGUGGGGGUCAGCAGACCACGGAGCUGCCGCGUCGCGUGCCCAUGGACUCGAGUGUGGUCUAUCUGGAUGGCAACCACUUCCCGGUGCUGAAGAAUCAUGCCUUCAUCGGCCGGAAGAACCUGCGCGCCCUGUAUGUGAAUGGCAGCCAGGUGGCGGCCAUACAGAAUCGCACCUUUGCCAGCUUGGCCUCGCUGCAGUUGCUCCACUUGGCCGACAACAAGUUGCGUACGCUGCAUGGCUACGAGUUCGAGCAGCUGUCCGCCCUGAGGGAGCUAUAUCUGCAGAACAACCAACUGACCACCAUCGAAAAUGCCACUCUGGCGCCCCUGGCUGCCUUGGAGCUCAUUCGGAUCGAUGGCAACCGACUGGUCACAUUGCCCAUUUGGCAGAUGCACGCUACCCACUUCGGCACAAGAUUGCGCUCCAUCAGCCUGGGCAGGAAUCAAUGGAGCUGCCGGUGUCAGUUCCUGCAGGCCCUCACAGCCUAUGUGGCGGAUAAUGCGUUGAUUGUCCAGGAUGCCCAGGAUAUCUACUGCAUGGCCGCCAGUUCGGGGGGAAAUGGUGGAUCUGGUGCGCUGGAGGAUAGCUCUUCGGCCGUGGGAUCGCUGGAGAAGCGAGAGCUGGACUUCAAUGCCACGGGAGCUGCAUGCACGGAUUACUACUCUGGCGGUUCGAUGCUGCAGCACGGCAUUCCGGAAUCGUACAUCCCCCUGCUGGCCGCUGCCCUGGCCCUGCUCUUCCUCCUGGUGGUCAUUGCCAUGGUCUUUGCCUUCCGCGAGUCCCUGAGGAUCUGGCUGUUUGCCCACUACGGCGUCCGUGUGUUCGGACCACGUUGCGAGGAGUCCGAGAAGCUGUACGACGCCGUCCUCCUGCACUCCGCCAAGGAUUCGGAGUUCGUGUGCCAGCACCUGGCCGCCCAGCUGGAGACGGGCAGGCCGCCGCUGAGGGUGUGCCUGCAGCACAGGGACUUGGCCCACGAUGCCACCCACUACCAAUUGCUGGAGGCCACCAGAGUCUCGCGCCGAGUGGUCAUCCUGCUGACACGCAAUUUCCUCCAGACCGAGUGGGCCCGCUGUGAGCUGAGGCGCUCCGUUCACGAUGCCCUGCGUGGCAGGCCCCAGAAACUGGUGAUCAUCGAGGAGCCCGAGGUGGCCUUCGAGGCGGAGAGCGACAUCGAACUGCUGCCCUACCUGAAGACCUCGGCCGUGCAUCGCAUCCGGCGCUCCGAUCGCCACUUCUGGGAGAAGCUGCGCUACGCCCUGCCCGUCGACUAUCCCACCUUCAGGGGCAACAACUACACGCUGGAGCUGGACCACCACAGUCACGAGCGGGUGAAGCAGCCGGCCAGUCCGGGCCUCCUCUAUCGCCAGGCCCCGCCCCCCGCCUACUGUGGCCCAGUGGAUGCCACCCAGGCCCCGGCUGUGACUGCCUCCGCUCCGGCGGAGCAGAACUACUCGACGGCCACCACGGCCACGCCCAGUCCCAGGCCACAGAGGCGGGGAGAUCAGCAGCAACAACACCAACAGCAACAGCAACAGCAACAGGGAUCGGGAUCCGCAACUGGAAACCUGCAUCACCUGCAUGCCCAGUACUAUCAGCAGCAUGGAAUGCGGCCGCCCUCGGAGCACAUAUACUCCAGCAUCGAUUCGGACUACUCCACGCUGGACAACGAGCAGCACAUGCUGAUGAUGCCAGCGGGCAUUGGCCUGGAGGCGGCCCAGCGGGCCCAGACCUGGCGGCCCAAGCGGGAGCAGCUGCACCAUCAGCACGCCCAGGCCGGAACCCUGGGCUCCAAGGCAAGCCAGGCGGCUGUCGUCCAACAGCAACAGCAACAACAACAGCAGCAGCAGCAGCUAAAUCAGACAACCGUAUCCGGACAACAGCAGGGACCGCAUGUCCAGGCGUAUCUGGUGUAAGCGGGGGGCGGGGUGGCAUGUAAAGUGGCAGUGAUUUCUUUAGGGACUGGUUCCUGUGCAUAAUUUUAAUUACUAAAAUAUGUGCGAGUUAAGCUAAGGCAGGGAGGGGGGGACAGUGGAAGAUGGCCAGCUAGAUUUUAACGUAUAUUAUUUUGUUUAUCCAGUGUAAAGUCAUUUUAGAUGCACUAAACAAACACAGCCCCAGGAACAGAGCAUACACAUACACAAAAGACACAGCAAAAGAUACAGACAUAAGAUACAGAUGCAGUUGGGGCGGCAGCAAAACGAAUGACGAGGGCCUUGGUCAUGUCAAGUGUGUGCAUCCAAGGGGGGACACACUACACUACAUCCCACACAAUGCCAUUUCAAAGUUUCCAAACUUUGCCACAGCAAACUUAGUUUUCUCCGCUCACAAGAGCAUGAGCAGCACACGAACUUGUUCAUCUUCUGGCAUUUGCUUAGCCCAGAAUGGCCCGAGGGGGAAAUUUGUGAUAACUUUUUAAUAUGGUUUUAAUCAGUUGGACCCCAGAACCUUCAGAGCCUCGACUAUAAAGGUGCCCGACUUGCGGUGAAGUUGGCAAAGGGGCCAGGCUUAUGUGCCCCACCAAAUUGAAUGUUCAAUAAUUGACUUGAUAAUUGCCAGUAAUCCGGAAUAGGGCCCAGCCUCAGCUGCAUCUCCAUUUGUAAAUAGCUCUCAAUACCGUAUUUACUGCCCAAACAUAGAUAUACACACCAUACAUUCACCUUUAUAUAGAUACAGAUACAAGCGUAUGGGGAUAAUUCAAUAAUCACAUUCAAGUACACAUGUAAAUUGUAUGCCAGAGCAGCCACAGUCACAGCCACAGUCGUAAAAUCGAUAAAUGCAUUUGUCAAGCAAUGUAAUCUGUAUGUAAAAAGCAUAAAUAAUUAGUUAGCACAGCGGUCUCGGCAAAAGAUUCACCGUGACUAACUCCACAUCAUAGUAAUAUGCAAACAAGAGCCGAGAAACAGAAACAGAAACAGAAAAGCUCAUUUUAAACACUUACGCUUACCAAAACUAACGAUAAUUGUAAUAAAAGUUUCGCAAACUGGCGCGGCGCAUACACAAUAUGCAUAGCUAAUUAUAUAUGGUACAUGUGUACUGUACGUAUAUUCAUGGAUAUAUCAAUGUGCGUGUCUGCAUGUACGUGACUGUGUAAAGUAAAGUAAAGGAAAGCAAACUACUGAUAUUAAAGAACUACUAUGUAUGAGGUACCCUUUAUAUGAUAUAUAUAUAUAUAUAUAUAUUUGCCCGCAAAGUACGUAUAUCUACGCAUAUAUAUUAUACGAGUAAAUGUUUAACAACUGCCUAUAGAACGUACGAAGAGAGAGCAUUUAUUUCAGCACACUCGCCUA